UUGUCUCUGGCGUUGGAGUAGACGUGGCUUAUCAUGGACAUGUCAUGGGGUUUUACGUUACGGGAGCAUCAGUUGUGAUAUUUUUGCUUGAAGUCACGUGGGCAAUUACAAUGUUUUUACAAAUUAUUGUCAAAAACGACGAGUCCCUUUGUUGGAAUUGCUGGGCGAGCGUUCUGAUGAUAACGAGGGGCUGGCGAAGGUCUUUGUUUUACCUCCCCGUGUCCUGCAUUUUGGCUUGGAAACCAUACAGACUUUGGCUCUCUUUUGUUGCCGCUGGACUUUUGGCUGUAUUAUCUCUAGCAUACAUUGCAACAAGUGCAAUAGAUCAUCGAAGUCCUGAUCGAACAAGUACAGGAAUUGAUCAAUUGGGCGAAAGUCUUUUACACACGAGACCAGAAUGCUACGAUCAUUUCGAAGACGUUUUAGUGACAGAAGUCUUGGACGAUGUUUCGGGUUCACAAGGUCGAUACAUUGACAGUGAUGGGGAAAUAUGACAAGAGAGACAGUCUUCGUGGGCCAGCGAGACCGACGAAGACAGUGAACCAGAACAAAGGAUUUGCCAAAUUGCCACAUUAUCCUAAUUUUUUUUACAGUAAAAAUAUUUUCCAAAAAAAAAAAAUUCUAUCGCCAAAAAAUUUUUUUCUUAUUCUUAUUUAUUUAAAUUUAUUUAAUGAAAUUAUGAAAAAAAAAUCAAAAAGAAAAUUAUUCUACUCUUGCAAAAUUACAUAUUACAAUUAGAAAAUAAUAUAAUUUCUUAAUAAUACAUAAUUUAUUGUUUUUUCUUUCAAUAAAAAAAAUUCUAAUGUAUUAUUUAAUUAAUUAAAAAAAAAUUUGUGUGAUUUUCUAGUGCCAAGAAAAAGAAAAUUAUAUAAAUGUAUAAAUACUGAUGUAAAUAUUUCUAGAGAAGAGUGUAUGGUUUUUUUAUGUACUUAAAAAAGUCUAAAAUUAAAAAUAUAAAAUAAUAUAAAAUAUAGUGAUGAUGUGCUAAUUGUAAAAUAAUUAUUACGCUAAAUUUUAUUGAGCAUCGAUGGAUUAUUAUUAAUACUAAAAUUAUUAUAAUUAUUAUUAUUAUUUAUAAUG